AUGAAUUUUAAGGCGAAGCGCUGUGGUGUGCAAUUCAGUCCGCCAUCGAUCGUAUUAAUUUAUGAAAACAAUAUAACCAAGAAACUGAGGAAGAGAAUCAUCCCUUUGAGAGAAUUCUCGAGAGAUUCAGAUCACAGAGAUGCAGCCGAGAGACUGAAGAACCAUCCUCGCCACAGUGACUAUCUUCAGACCGUUCCACAGAGCCAGCUGGAGAGACUGCACAUUAUAAUACGGGACAACAUGAAGGGUUUGAGUCUGGAGCAAAGUCUCGCCUCUUUUCAGCUUGACCCUGAACAAGACCUAAAUAAACUGGAUGAUGAAGAAUUGUCUCGAAAGAAGGGAAAAAUGGAUGAACUCUUUGAGAAGAACAGAAAGAGAAAAGAUGAUCCUAACUUUGUUUAUGACGUGGAGGUCGAGUUCUCAGCAAACAGGGACGAGUGCAGCUGGGACGAAUCAGAUGACGGAUUUUAA